GCCACUUUCCCUUUCGUUCCGCCGCUGCCAGCCCCGCAGCGCCCUCCGAUCCGCAAUCCUCGGGGUGGGUGAGACGCCAAGGCGCCGCGGGCCGAUCAGCGGGGCCCCCCACCCCGGAACACCAUGCUGGACCCCUCUUCGAGCGAAGAAGAGUCGGACGAGGGCUUGGAAGAGGAGAGCCGCGAUGUGCUGGUGGCGCCCGGCGGCGCCCAGCGAGCGCAGCCGGCUCCGGCUCGGGAAGGACGGCGGGACGCGCCGGGGCGCUCCGGUGGUGGUGGUGGCGGUGGCGGUGGCGGCGGUGUUGGUGUUGGUGGCGGUGGCGGAGCGGCCAGACCCGUGAGCCCCAGCCCCUCGGUGCUCAGCGAGGGCAGAGACGAGCCCGAGCGGCAGCUGGACGAGGAACAGGAGCGGAGGAUCCGCCUGCAGCUUUACGUGUUCGUGGUGAGGUGCAUCGCGUACCCCUUCAACGCCAAGCAGCCCACGGACAUGGCCCGCCGGCAGCAGAAGCUUAACAAACAACAAUUGCAGUUGUUGAAAGAACGGUUCCAGGCCUUCCUCAAUGGGGAAACCCAAAUCAUAGCUGAUGAAGCAUUCUGCAAUGCUGUUCGGAGUUACUAUGAGGUUUUUCUGAAGAGUGACCGAGUGGCAAGAAUGGUUCAGAGUGGGGGGUGUUCUGCUAAUGACUUCAGAGAAGUGUUUAAGAAAAAUAUAGAAAAACGAGUGAGAAGUUUGCCAGAAAUAGAUGGCCUGAGCAAAGAGACAGUGUUGAGCUCCUGGAUAGCCAAAUAUGAUGCCAUUUACCGGGGUGAGGAAGACUUGUGCAAACAGCCAAACAGAAUGACCCUGAGCGCCGUGUCUGAACUGAUUCUGAGCAAGGAACAACUCUAUGAAAUGUUCCAGCAGAUCCUGGGUAUUAAAAAGCUAGAACAUCAGCUUCUUUACAAUGCGUGUCAGCUUGAUAAUGCAGAUGAACAAGCAGCCCAGAUCAGAAGGGAACUUGAUGGUCGGCUGCAAUUGGCAGAGAAGAUGGCAAAGGAAAGAAGAUUCCCCAAAUUUAUAGCAAAAGAAAUGGAGAAUAUGUACAUAGAAGAGCUGCGAUCGUCUGUGAAUUUGCUAAUGGCCAAUUUAGAAAGUCUUCCAGUUUCAAAAGGUGGUCCAGAAUUUAAGUUACAAAAAUUAAAACGUUCACAGAAUUCUGCUUUUUUGGACCUAGGAGACGAAAAUGAGAUUCAGUUGUCAAAGUCUGAUGUGGUCUUAUCAUUCACCUUAGAGAUUGUCAUAAUGGAAGUGCAAGGUUUGAGGUCAGUGGCUCCUAAUCGCGUUGUUUAUUGCACAAUGGAAGUGGAAGGAGGAGAGAAGCUACAGACAGACCAGGCUGAAGCCUCAAGGCCACAAUGGGGAACCCAAGGAGAUUUCACCACCACCCACCCUCGGCCUGUGGUGAAAGUGAAGCUCUUCACAGAAAGCACGGGAGUGCUGGCCCUGGAGGACAAAGAGCUGGGCAGGGUAAUAUUAUACCCAACUUCUAAUAGCUCCAAGUCAGCUGAAUUACACCAAAUGAUUGUGCCCAAAAAUAGUCAAGACAAUGACUUAAAAAUCAAGCUGGCAGUGCGAAUGGACAAACCACCACAUAUGAAACAUAGUGGAUAUCUAUAUGCCCUUGGACAGAAGGUUUGGAAAAGAUGGAAAAAACGUUACUUUGUUCUUGUUCAGGUUAGCCAGUACACUUUUGCAAUGUGCAGCUAUAGAGAAAAAAAGUCUGAACCGCAAGAAUUAAUGCAGCUUGAAGGCUAUACUGUGGACUACACAGAUCCCCACUCAGGCCUUCAAGGAGGUCAGAUGUUUUUUAAUGCUGUUAAAGAAGGAGACACUGUAAUAUUUGCCAGUGAUGAUGAACAGGACAGAAUAUUAUGGGUUCAAGCCAUGUAUCGAGCCACGGGACAAUCUUAUAAACCAGUUCCUGCAGUUCAAAUCCAGAAGCUAAAUCCUAAAGGAGGAACUCUCCAUGCAGAUGCUCAGCUUUAUGCAGACCGUUUUCAGAAGCAUGGCAUGGAUGAGUUUAUUUCUGCUAGUCCUUGCAAGCUUGACCAUGCCUUCCUUUUUAGAAUACUCCAGAGACAGACUUUGGAUCACAGACUGAAUGAUUCCUACUCUUGUUUGGGUUGGUUUAGCCCUGGCCAGGUCUUUGUCCUAGACGAGUAUUGUGCCCGCUAUGGUGUGAGAGGUUGUCACAGACAUCUCUGCUACCUUACUGAGCUGAUGGAACAUUCAGAAAACGGUGCUGUCAUUGACCCAACCCUGCUCCAUUACAGCUUUGCAUUCUGUGCCUCUCAUGUGCACGGCAACAGGCCUGAUGGAAUCGGAACUGUUUCCAUGGAAGAAAAAGAAAGAUUUGAAGAGAUAAAAGAGAGACUUUCUUCCCUCCUAGAAAAUCAGAUAAGCCACUUCAGAUACUGUUUUCCCUUCGGAAGACCUGAAGGUGCUCUAAAAGCUACACUUUCCUUACUUGAAAGGGUUUUAAUGAAAGAUAUUGCCACUCCCAUACCAGCAGAAGAGGUGAAAAAAGUGGUCAGAAAAUGUCUCGAGAAAGCUGCCUUGAUCAAUUACACUAGACUCACAGAAUAUGCCAAAAUAGAAGGCCCAGCAGAAAAGGAAACAGAGACCAUGAACCAGGCUACUCCUGCCAGGAAGCUGGAAGAGGUUCUUCAUCUAGCAGAGCUCUGCAUUGAAGUCUUACAGCAGAAUGAGGAGCAUCAUGCAGAGGCAUUUGCUUGGUGGCCUGACUUACUGGCUGAGCAUGCAGAGAAGUUCUGGGCUUUGUUCACAGUAGAUAUGGAUACUGCGCUGGAGGCUCAACCACAAGACUCCUGGGAUAGUUUUCCUCUUUUCCAGCUGCUUAAUAAUUUCCUCAGAAAUGACAUGCUUUUGUGUAAUGGGAAAUUUCACAAACACUUGCAAGAGAUCUUUGUGCCCUUGGUGGUCCGCUACGUCGACCUCAUGGAGUCCUCCAUCGCCCAGUCAAUUCACAGAGGUUUUGAGCAAGAGACAUGGCAGCCUGUCAAGAAUAUCGCCAACAGUCUUCCCAAUGUAGCUCUUCCAAAAGUUCCAAGUCUGCCUCUUAAUCUUCCACAGAUUCCUAGCUUUUCUACUCCUUCGUGGAUGGCUUCUUUAUAUGAGUCCACCAAUGGCUCAACAACAUCGGAAGACCUGUUUUGGAAACUGGACGCUCUGCAAAUGUUUGUCUUUGAUCUACACUGGCCAGAACAAGAAUUUGCCCACCACUUAGAGCAAAGACUUAAACUAAUGGCCAGUGAUAUGAUAGAGGCCUGUGUCAAAAGAACAAGAACUGCAUUUGAACUCAAGCUGCAAAAGGCAAACAAAACAACUGACUUGCGUGUUCCUGCUUCUGUGUGUACCAUGUUUAAUGUAUUAGUGGAUGCCAAAAAGCAAAGCAACAAGCUCUGUGCACUGGAUGGAGGGCAGGAGUUUGGUAGUCAAUGGCAACAGUACCAUUCGAAAAUAGACGACUUGAUUGACAACACAGUUAAAGAAAUCAUUUCAAUGCUAGUUUCGAAGUUCAUUUCAGUGUUGGAAGGGGUGCUGUCUAAGUUGUCAAGGUAUGAUGAAGGUACUUUCUUCUCGUCCAUUCUGUCAUUCACUGUGAAGGCAGCUGCAAAGUAUGUUGAUGUUCCUAAACCAGGGAUGGACCUAGCUGACACCUAUAUCAUGUUCGUUCGGCAAAACCAGGAUAUUCUUCGGGAGAAGGUCAAUGAAGAAAUGUACAUAGAAAAGCUGUUCGAUCAAUGGUACAGCAAUUCCAUGAAAGUCAUUUGCGUGUGGUUGGCUGAUAGACUAGACCUCCAGCUUCAUAUUUACCAACUGAAGACGCUCAUCAAGAUUGUGAAGAAAACAUACAGAGAUUUCCGACUGCAGGGUGUGCUAGAAGGAACACUAAACAGUAAGACAUACGAUACUCUGCACAGACGUUUAACUGUGGAGGAGGCCACGGCCUCUGUCUCAGAAGGAGGAGGACUUCAGGGUAUCACUAUGAAGGACAGUGAUGAAGAAGAAGAAGGCUGAUGACACACAAUUCUGGAAAAGGAAGGAGGACUUUCAAACCAUCAUUUUGUGUUCCUUGUCAUUGUAAUUAUAUGUAACUGCCAUAGCCAAAAAAAACAAAACAAGAUGCUUGUAUUUCUUUAGGAAGUAAACUUGAAGAUAUAGUCAAAGGGCAAAAUGCCAAAUAUUUUUCUGGAAGAUCAUCCUCUUUUGUGUAAUUUGCCUAAAAUGAACUUUGGCUCCAUUUAUAAUUAGAAGACAAACUUCCCCUUAUGAUCUUUCUUUUUAUUUAUUUUUUAGCAGAGUUGAUCUUUUUUUUCCUCAGCCAUAUCAAACUGAUUGUCCUUUGUGUAUUUUCCAUGAUAAUACAUUGUGAGAAAACAGUAAAUUGCCCAUCACUGCACCAACUCUAUUGUACCUAUGUUAAAAUGCUGUGUACCUUGCUGUUAUAAUGUAUGCCCCAGAUCUGUUUCGUAGUUAAUUUGCCAGUGUUGUGAUGUGUGUAAUAAAUUUAACCGUGGGUUUUAUUAACCCAGAUUGUACUGCAGGUAUAAUUCUGGGUGUAAAGGACAUCUAACCCCAAAUAUAAACUAGAUUAUCCAA